CAAACGUCAACGAACGAACUGCUGUUCAGCGAUCCCCCGGAUCCUUCGUGAUACUUACAUACAUACAUACCUUUGCUAUCGUCUAUCCACUUGUCGACUAUCUACUGGCUGAUUGUUCUUGCUGGGCAUGCAGUGCAUCGGCCGAUGAGCCACGGGAAAUGCGACGCGAGGAUCGAUUGUCUGUGACGCAAGUUCCCACUCCUGCGAUGGGAUCGUCUUGAAACCCCUCCGCCUUCAUCCCAUUCCCAUCAUUAUUUCCGAUUUGCUACCGCGGAGUAUUUAUUUUGUUGAGGAUCCGACGAACUAGGGUCCUGAGAUCGAGGGUGGGAUUAUUUUCUUUUGCCUGUGGCGCAUUCAUAUUUGAUCGGAGGUCGACAAGAUGGCGAUGAACUUCGUGACGUUCAACCAGGACUACAGCUAUCUGGCUGUUGCGACGUCCAAAGGGUUUCGAAUAUUCACAACGGAUCCGUUCGCCAAAAGCUAUGAGACCAAAGAAGGCAAUAUCGCUCUCAUUGAGAUGCUGUUCUCGACAUCCCUGGUUGCCCUGAUUCUAUCGCCCCGUCGCCUUCAGAUCACUAAUACCAAGCGCCAAUCUACAAUAUGCGAAUUGACAUUUCCGACGACGGUACUAGCAGUCAAGUUGAACCGAAAGCGACUGGUGAUUGUUCUAGAAGACCAGAUUUACCUCUACGAUAUCCAGACCAUGAAGCUCUUGUAUACAAUCGAAACAUCACCGAACCCCCACGCAAUAUGCUCCCUAUCGCCGUCUUCUGAGAACUGCUAUCUCGCAUACCCUCUUCCGCAGAAAGCGCCCCCUGCAUCGUUUAAUCCUCCAUCCCAUGCUCCUCCCGGAACGACUCACGUCUCACCGACAAGCGGCGAUGUCUUGAUAUUCGACACUUUGAAACUGGAAGCAAUCAACGUCGUCGAGGCCCACCGAUCUCCGUUAGCAUGCAUCACGCUCAAUAGUGAGGGAACACUUCUGGCGACUGCUUCUGACAAGGGAACUAUCAUCCGGGUGUUUUCGGUUCCCGAUGGCCACAAACUAUAUCAAUUCCGACGAGGCUCCAUGCCCUCCAGAAUCUAUAGCAUGUCCUUCAAUACCACCUCAACUCUCCUUUGCGUUUCUUCUUCCACGGAGACGAUUCAUUUAUUCAAACUGAUUCAAGGUCAAACCUCGGAUGGUUCACCUUCGUCUUCUUCCCCUGUGGGCCGCGAGAGGGCUUUCAGUGCAAGCUCUUCCACAUAUUCUCCAGACGGCGACGAAACGAGCGGGGAGAUAGCGGGGUCUCCCGACUUUGCUUCGAGGAAGCAUAAUGGGACACUGAUGGGAAUGCUUCGGCGAACUUCACAGAAUGUCGGAAGCACCGUUGCUGCCACGGUUGGUGGCUAUCUUCCCAAGGGGGUCAGUGAGAUGUGGGAACCAGCACGGGAUUUUGCUUGGAUCAAACUACCAAAACCGAAUCAAGGGCCUGGUGGACAUGCGAACACCGGGCCCCUUAGGAGCGUGGUUGCAAUGAGCAGCAACACUCCCCAAGUAAUGGUUGUAACCAGCGAUGGUAACUUUUACGUGUUCAAUAUCGAUCUUUCCAAAGGUGGAGAGGGAACUCUGACCAAACAAUACUCGGUACUUGAUUCCAAUGAUAGAUUGGGAUACUCAGUAACAGAUUACUGAGUUUCUUUAAUUCGUCACAUAUAUUAGUAUUAUUUUUUUGCCCAGAAAUUGCCAGCGUUGGGUUCUUUAUUUGAAGCGUCUUUCUAUUCGUUUGGUGCAGGCCGUUCCAAUGUCUUUCUCCUUUGCUGCUCCAUUUGAUAUGCAUUUUCUCCAUCUGCGCUUUGCAGGAUAUAUUUUAUCUAAACGCUCUACCAUGAGAAGAUACUCCGUACAAGCUUUAUGUAUAUAGCCUUGUUGUCACAUCUAUUAUUAUAGCUAUACACCUGUUUGUAAUUCGUAGCAGCCUGCAAUUUCUAUUUUACGUGCUUAUAAAUGAGUCGUCAUUUUGUAUUCCCA